AUGGGUAGCAGACAGCAUAAAAAUAAGCAGGCUCCUCCACCCAGUUUGGACGAGUUCCAAGCAAGAAAAUCCAAGAAGUCUGACAAAACGCAUACGAAGGGCAAGAAAAAGCCUGAAGUCCAUGACAAGAAGUCGAAACACAAAUCUAAGCGUAGAACUGAUGUUGAAGAUGAUGACCGCAAGAGCAAAAGAGUCAAAUCCGAGAUAAAAUCAACCAAGACGCCCGAGGUCGAGCAGGAUAAUGAGGCAGAAGUUGUCGAAACAAACGAUAAAGAGAAGUCAGACGAGCCCAAGUAUCAUAGUAAAGAUGUGGACGAGGAAGAGCUUCCUGAAGUUGAUCUAGAAGCUCUUUCAAAAUCCAAAAAAUCACUUUUCGACGAUGACGAAGACGAACAAAACAGUGAGGACGGAAUCGACGAAGACCUUCAGGAUGAAUUUGACCUGGAGCAGGAAUUCGAAGGCGAAGAUGACGCUGAAGAGAAGGAACGUCCCUUCUUUUCUGAUGAAGAGGACGGAGACAUGGAAGAACUGAAUGCGGCCAACAUGGAAGCGCUAUCAGCGAAGCUAGACGAAGAACAGGCCUUGGAAGACGAAGAGGCCGAAGCAGAGCUUGUCGAAUCGGGUCAGGCACAACCAAGGGCUGAAAUUUUGCCUACUCCGGAAGAAGAAGAAGCAUUGGCCGGUCAACCUACCGACUUAACCGCCGUGCGGACACGUAUGCUCGAAAUCGUGAAAGUUCUCGAGGACUUCAAAAAUCUUGCAGCUGAAGGACGUUCCAGAAGCGAAUACGUGGAUCGUUUGAUCAAAGAUCUGUGUGAGUAUUUUGGAUACACUCCGUUCCUUGCAGAGAAACUUUUCAACCUCUUUUCGCCCACAGAGGCCCUUGAGUUUUUCGAAGCCAACGAAAUCGCCAGACCCAUCACCAUCAGGACUAACAGUUUAAAAACCAGAAGAAGAGAUCUGGCACAAACCCUGGUAAACCGUGGUGUCAACCUGCAACCCAUAGGAUCCUGGACAAAAGUGGGGCUUCAAAUUUUUGAUUCCCAAGUUCCAAUCGGUGCUACACCCGAGUACUUGGCCGGUCAUUAUAUUCUCCAAGCGGCCUCUUCGUUUCUACCCGUCAUUGCUCUCGACCCACACGAGAAUGAAAGAAUUCUAGAUAUGGCUGCUGCACCUGGAGGGAAAACGACCUACAUUUCAGCAAUGAUGAAAAACACAGGAUGUGUAUUUGCAAACGAUGCCAAUAAGGCAAGAACUAAAUCGUUGAUUGCCAAUAUUCACCGUCUUGGUUGCACCAAUACAAUCGUUUGCAAUUAUGACGCACGCGAGUUUCCCAAGGUUAUUGGAGGUUUUGAUAGAAUUUUGUUGGAUGCACCAUGUUCCGGUACAGGAGUUAUUGGAAAGGAUCAAUCGGUCAAAGUCAACCGUUCUGAGAAAGACUUCAUGCAAAUUCCACAUCUGCAGAAACAGCUACUACUUUCUGCAAUCGAUUCGGUCGAUGCCAACUCAAAAACUGGUGGUAUAAUUGUUUACUCCACCUGUUCUGUUGCAAUUGAAGAGAACGAAGCUGUCGUUGAUUACGCCCUUAGAAAAAGACCAAAUGUCAAGCUAGUUGAUGCUGGGUUGGCAAUCGGUAAGGAAGCAUUUGUUAGCUACAGAGGAAAGAAAUUUCAUCCUAGCGUCAAGCUGGCCAGAAGAUAUUAUCCCCAUGUAUACAACGUCGACGGGUUCUUCGUAGCGAAGUUCAAAAAGGUCAGUUCUUCCAAAUACGACGAUAAUCAAGCAGAUGCAAAAGAAAAGGAGAGAGCUGCAAGGUUGGAAGCUGCUGAAGAGGGUCUUAUCCACGACGAUUUUGCCGAUUUUGGUAACGAGGAAGAUGAAAAGUAUAUUCAAAAGUCCAGGAAAAUCGGUCUUCUUAAAAAGGGUAUCGACCCUAAGGCCAAGACCAAGAACAGCAAUGUUAAAAAGUAA